AUGACAAGCCUCAUCGUCAGUUUGGCUCUUCUCGUCUAUCAUCUCAGCGUAGUCACCGCCUCGUUUAUCCCUCUUCAAAGACUCGGCAACAGCAUUCUUUCCAACAAUUUCAUUCGAAAUAAUACACUCGCUCCUCUGAGCGCUGUAAACCUCACUGCCGCUACUCCACCACAAGGCUUCUCGAAUGAUAUCACUUACGUAGGAACCGCGAUAUUCGUUCCUAUGGAAAUGAUACAGCCAGUAUUGCAGUCCAAGCGCGUGGUGGCGGCGUUGUAUAAGACUGGCCUCGCAAUAGCUAAUGGAAACAAAUUCCAUAAAAACCUCGUGUUUUUGAAUAUAGAAGAGAAGCUUGCAGGGCUUUUGGCUUUCUGA